CUGCACUGUAAAAUAAACUCGUGUGUUACGUUUUCCAAAUAUUUGUAAUUGUCUUCUGUGUAGACUGUAUGUUUCCUGUCCUUUACAAUUUUAAUAUUCUUCGACAAGAAGUCACAUUUUUCUAAAAAGUUGUUUUGUGAAAUUCUACUAAAUUAUCUAUAAUAAAAUGGCCGAUACUGCAGUAAGUUUAUAUUAUUUUAGUUAUAAUUUAAUUAUUACAGGCAACGAACAUUUACAUGUGUUCGUCUAACAAAAUCCGGCGUAUAUUUAACCUAUAAUACAUGGCUAACAAUUGUAGAUUAUUGUUAUACCUUUGCGUUAGAUAUCUCAACAUAAUUCUUCUAAAUCUAUUUGGGUAGUUCUGCAAGUUUUUCUUUAGGUUUAAUGUAUUUCUGGUGUUGAAUGUCAUUGCCGGUAAUCGGUACUCUCAUGGAAAUAUGUUUACGGAAUUAUUGCACAUCGUUUGCGUUCUAUACAUUACCCUUAUAAUGAAAAACAAACGAACAUAUUUCGCAUGAUUGGUGGGCAAUUUUUUGUAGGUGAAAAGUUGGAAAGGUAAAGGGAAGAUUUAAAGUAUAUCUUCUGUACCCAAAAAUUAAUCAUUACUAAUGAAAAACGAUUUUGAAAUGAGUUUAAUAAUACAUGUUUUGAAAGGUUAUAAUAUUUACGAUUUAUAAAUUAUAAAUUUCGCUGUUUUUUCUAAUUUAUUACCCUUGUAAAAAUAAAAAAAUUACCUCUAAGUACCAUUCCGAUCAAAUUUACUCUCAGAAAAUGUACUAAUGUAAAACUGAACAAUAAAUAAAUUAUCAACUUAAUAAGCUAAAUAACUAAAUAUUUCUAAUGGAACAUCUGUAAUUAUUAAUGAAAUAAAUUAAAAUUGUAAUGCCUAGUUGUAUUGUUUGUGGAAAAACCAUAGACAUUAAUAAACGGACUGUGAUUUCCUCACCAGCUCUCAUCUAUUGUGUUUGUGAGGUAAUGCGUAAUAGUAAUCUAAUGAAAAAAAUAUUACGUUUCAUAGGUAGGUAUAUAUAUAUAAACAAAUGUUUUAUUAUUAUUAAAUCAUAAAUUUACAAAAUAUAUUCAUGAAAUACCUUGUACCUUAAUAUGUUAUUUUGUUAAAGACAAAAUUAAACAAUACUUUUGUUCCUUGUUUUCUGGUUAUACUGGAAGUAGACCUCUUUUACCUUAAUUCAAAAUCGAACGGCAUCUCUAUAUUACUUAAUGAAAAAAACAACAGGAAAAAAGUAUAUUCAAGGGGGGAAAAAACAAUUUAUUUAUUAUAUUAUAAUUAGUUAUAUUAUUAAUUCUAUAAUAAUAGCAAUAGCAUUUUAUGUUUUUAUUGUAAUCAAUGUAUUAUUAUUAUUGUUUACUGAUUCCAUAUAGAAGUAAUAUUGAAUUGCCAUUGUGGCAUAUAUUAUUAAGAUAAGGUAAUGUGUUUUUAUAUAUAUAAAUAAUAAAUAUUUGUUAUUUUCCAGACUGAAGUUGAGCAUAAAGCAAAAAGGCCUUUUCGUAAAUUCACAUACCGUGGUGUUGAUUUAGACCAGCUUUUAGACAUCCAGGGGUAAAUUAAACCUAUAUUCUUUAUUAAAAGUAAAAAAUAUAUGUAAGUAUUAAUCUAUUCAAUAAAUAUUUUAGAGAACAAUUGAUCGAGCUAUUGCACUCACGCGCUCGAAGGCGUUUCUCGCGUGGUGGUCUUAAACGCAAAGAAUCUGCAUUGGUAAAGAAGUUACGACGUGCAAAGAAAGAUGCUCCUCCAAUGGAAAAACCUGAAGCUGUAAAAACUCAUCUUCGCAACAUGAUCAUUGUUCCUGAAAUGGUUGGCAGUAUCAUUGGUGUUUACAACGGAAAAGUAUUCAAUCAAAUUGAAAUUAAGGUUUGUAAAAUAAACAAGUUGAAUACAUUUUAAAUUUGAUAUUUUUUAUCAUAUUGUCAAAAUUUCUAUUAUUUGCUUAUCAAAAUUAUUUGUAAAUAAUUGUUUACUUUUACGAUUUUUAUUAUUUGUAUAUUUUAUUUUCAGCCUGAAAUGAUUGGUCAUUACUUGGGUGAGUUCAGUGUUACAUACAAACCAGUUAAGCACGGAAGACCUGGUAUUGGUGCAACUCACAGCUCUAGGUUUAUUCCAUUGAAAUAAAUUAUAUAUUUUUUUUCACAAUACAAUUAAUGUGGGUUUAAUUUGUUGAUUUUUUUUUCAUAUAUUUCCUAUUUCCAUUAAUGUUUCUAUUUGUUAUUUAUAUUAUGUUGCACUAAAAUCCAUCAUGAAUU